CGAAAUUCGCUAACAAUGACGCGAGUACCAAAAACCGUCAUCGAGAAAGGGAAAAAGGCGCCCAAGGAUAAUGCUAAAAAUGUUAUGAGAAACCUGCACAUCAGGAAACUCUGCCUGAACAUUUGUGUUGGUGAAUCUGGUGAUAGGCUGACACGUGCUGCUAAGGUGUUAGAACAGCUUACUGGCCAGCAGCCAGUGUUUUCUAAGGCCCGUUACACUGUGCGAUCAUUUGGUAUUCGCCGUAAUGAAAAGAUUGCUGUCCACUGCACUGUUCGUGGUGCCAAGGCUGAGGAAAUCCUUGAGAGGGGUUUGAAAGUGCGAGAAUAUGAGUUGAGGCGUGACAACUUCUCCGCCACCGGCAACUUCGGUUUCGGUAUCCAGGAGCACAUUGAUUUGGGUAUCAAGUAUGACCCUUCAAUUGGUAUCUACGGUCUUGACUUCUACGUUGUUCUGGGGCGACCAGGCUUCAACGUAGCGCAUAGAAGACGCAAGACAGGCAAGGUUGGGUUCCCCCACCGCCUGACGAAGGAAGAUGCUAUGAAGUGGUUCCAACAGAAAUACGAUGGUAUCAUCCUUAACAGCAAAAAGUAACUUAAGUAAACCAAUAU